AAGAGAAACUAAAUAUUUUGAGCAAGUCCAUUAAGGGAACCGGUCAACUUUCUCUUUUUCGGUCAUCUCUAUUUCUCUCUGAUUAAUUUAUUUUCUUGUAGAUGAUGAUUCACUUGUGCUGCUCAUCAAUUUCAGCUUAGAGACUUCAAAUCUGACUCCGUGGGCUUGUUUGUUUAUCAAUCACCACCGUUAGGACGAUAUGAAGGGGACAAUUUCAGAUGAGAUAGAAGUGAAUGUGCCUGCAAAUGUAGCAUGGGAGCUCUAUGGAACAUUACAUUUGUCUAGAUUCAUUGUGCAAGAGUUGCCUACUCUUCUUAAUAAAGUUGAUGUGAUUGAAGGUGAUGGUAGUACUGGAACUGUCCUCAAAAUCACUUUUCCUGAAGGUACACCAGGAAUACCUUAUUUCAAGGAGAGAUUCAACAUAGUAGACAAUGAAAAAAGAUACAAGCAAUCUCAAGUUAUUGAAGGUGGAUAUGUUGAUCUUGGCUAUACUUUUUAUGGAAUUAGAUUUGAAGUGAAUGAGAAAGAUGAAAAUUCAUGCAUCACAAAAUUUACAAUAAAUUAUGAAGUUGAAGAUGUGAAACUUGCAAGUCAUGCAUUCACUAUGUUUGAGCCAUUGCAAACUGUCAUCAGAUCAGCCAAGACUUAUUUAACAAACAAGACAUAUAUAUGAUUGAGUCUCUUAUCAAGCUAAGUCAUAUCAUCUAAUUCAUUAAGAUGAACAAAUUUCUAUUUUUAUUUCUAUCAAAUUCAACUGUACUUGUAAUAUUACACUGAGUAUGUUGUUGUUGUAGUAUCAUAUCGAACAACAUUUCACACAUAAUAAUUAAUUAUGUGAUGCAAAAAUAA